AUGGCACAGAACUCUGCUCCUGAUUCGACCCCGGUCAUCAACACCAGAACUGGCGACAAAUCUGCCGGCACCCCCAAAAUCUCCGAGGACGACGAGUUCGAGGUGACGUCACCAACCAACCUGACAUUCCGACAGUCUAACUCGGGUGCUGUGCCCCCGGAACUGCUCUGUUCGGAGCCGGAGUCCCUUCCAGGAUCCCGAGGGGAGGAGGACGAGCAGGAGGGGAGCUGGCCCCCCUUCCCGGGACGAUCCGCAGAGCAAGGGUUCCCUACCAACUACGCGCUUGGUCGUCGGACAUCUGUCUCAGCGGAAUCUUUAAAUCCCACUGAAGCUGGUUCAGAUAGCUGGUCGCCUCCUCACCACCCAAAGACCGAAGAGCAGGUCUCCCGGCUUAAGAGCGCCGUCAGUAGCAACUUCCUCUUCUCCCAUCUCGACGAUGAUCAAUCCUUGACUGUUCUCAACGCUCUCGUUGAGAAGCCCAUUCCUGCGAAGGAUAUCAAGGUUAUCUCCCAAGGUGAUGCCGGCGAUUACUUCUACAUUGUGGAAAAAGGAAACUUUGACGUCUAUAUCCACCCCUCUGGCGCCGUGCAGCCUGGCCCUGAUGGCUUGGGCAACAAGGUCGCCAGCAUUGGACCCGGAGGAUCUUUCGGCGAGUUAGCUCUGAUGUACAAUGCCCCGCGUGCUGCGACAGUUAUCUCCACCGAGCCGAAGAGCACCUUGUGGGCCCUUGACCGCAUCACCUUCCGCCGCAUCCUAAUGGACUCGGCAUUCCAACGCCGUCGUAUGUACGAGGCUUUCCUGGAGGAAGUCCCGCUGCUUUCUUCUCUAAAGCCAUAUGAGCGCUCGAAGAUCGCGGAUGCUCUGGACACCAUCAAGUACACGGCUAAUUCCACCAUCAUCCACGAAGGCGAUCCCGGAGAUGCUUUCUAUCUUUUGGAGUCGGGUGAAGCCGAGGCUACCAAGAACGGCGUCUCAGGACCCGUCAAGAACUAUCGCCGAGGUGAUUACUUCGGCGAGCUUGCAUUGCUAGACGACAAGCCACGUCAGGCUAGCAUUACCACCAAGACGGAUGUGAAGGUGGCGCGGUUGGGCCGGGACGGAUUUAAGCGGCUUCUCGGUCCUGUGGAGGGAAUGAUGAGAGGGGCCGAGUACGAACUGGAUUCGAAGAGGUCUCCUGUUUCCAAGGCAGCAUGA